GUGAUGAAGAAGAAAUUGAAAAUGCUAUUGUCCUUCGACUUGAAAUUAUCGUUGUAAGAAAAAUCAUCGCUUAUAUCCUAAUCUUCCUAAUAGAAUGGUCUACUGUAGUAAUUUAUUUCAUAUCUCAAAUGGUUAAAUUCGAUAAUAUUUGGAUUUACACUUUAGCAGUAGUUACUUCGAACUCAAGUGGAAUAGGAAAUACGAUUCUAUAUAUUACAUAUGAAAAUUGGACAAAUAAAUAUAGUUCACCCAAAAACUCUGUUGAUCCUAACGAUUCUAAUCAAAAUACCAACAAAAGUAGCAACGCAACUAGCAAAGAUCUUGAAUCAAAUGAUUAA